CUUCUCCAGUUUUAAGGGAAAGGGAGGCCCUCUGUUUUCUCUCAUUUCAAAAUCAUUCAACCACCAUUCUCAUUCCGAGCUUACAGAUUGUCUCCUAUGGCUUCCUCUUCCGCCAAAUCUUUCUUUCCCACUCCCCAAUUCGCCUCCUCCCGUAGAUCCUCCACUUCCAAAUCCCCUCUUCUCUGCUUUCCAAUUCCUUCCUCUGCUUCUUCCAAUCUCCACGCGCUCUGUUCUUCUUCUUCUUCUUCUUCCCCUUCUCGCCGUUGCGAUUCGAUUCCUGUCCGGAGCGCGCUGAAGUCCGUGGAAUCGCCGGAGUUUGGGGUUCGGAACUCUGAUCCGGUGGACCCCACUUCGAGAUCGGCGAUUUUGGUGGCCGAGAAACUUGGAGAGGCGGGUCUCCAACUUCUGCGGAGCUUCGGGAACGUGGAGUGCGCUUAUGAGUUGUCGCCGGAGGAGCUCUGCGCGAAGAUCUCUUCGUUUGACGCGUUGAUCGUGCGGAGUGGGACGAAGGUGAGCAGGCACGUGUUCGAGGCGGCCAAAGGGCGGUUGAAGGUCGUCGGAAGGGCCGGCGUCGGCAUCGACAAUGUGGAUCUGCAGGCCGCCACCGAGUUCGGUUGUCUCGUUGUUAAUGCCCCAACUGCCAACACCAUCGCCGCCGCCGAGCACGGAAUCGCCUUGCUUACCGCCAUGGCCCGAAACGUCGCUCAGGCCGACGCCUCCAUGAAAGCCGGAAAAUGGGAACGGAGCAAGUACGUGGGAGUUUCACUAGUGGGAAAAACAUUAGCAGUGAUGGGAUUCGGGAAGGUUGGAUCGGAAGUGGCGAGACGAGCGAAGGGGCUGGGGAUGCAGGUGAUAGCGCACGACCCCUACGCGCCAGCGGACCGAGCCAGAGCCCUCGGCGUGGAGCUCGUGUCGUUCAACCAGGCCAUAUCCACCGCAGAUUUCAUAUCCCUUCACAUGCCUCUCACUCCCGCCACCUCCAAAGUCUUCAACGACGAUACUUUCGCUCUCAUGAAGAAGGGCGCUCGCCUCAUCAACGUCGCCAGAGGAGGCGUCAUCGACGAAGACGCCCUCGUCAGGGCCCUCGACAGUGGCGUUGUUGCCCAGGUGGCGCUUGACGUCUUCACAGAGGAGCCUCCGCCCAAAGACAGCAAGUUGGUGCAGCACAAGAAUGUGACUGUCACGCCUCAUCUUGGAGCCAGCACUAAGGAAGCGCAGGAAGGGGUUGCGAUUGAAAUAGCCGAAGCCGUGGUCGGAGCAUUGAACGGCGAACUUUCUGCCACCGCCGUCAACGCUCCCAUGGUCGCUCCCGAGGUUCUGUCGGAGUUGGCGCCGUACGUUGUACUGGCAGAGAAACUGGGGCGGAUGGCGGUGCAGCUGGUGGCGGGAGGGAGCGGUAUAAAGUCAGUGAAAGUAGUAUACAAAUCAGGGCGAGCCCCAGACGACUUGGACACAAGGCUCCUCCGAGCGAUGAUCACAAAGGGCAUAAUCGAGCCCAUAUCGGACAGCCACAUAAACCUGGUGAACGCGGAUUUCACGGCCAAGCAGAAGGGGCUGCGGAUAAGCGAGGAGCGCGUGAUGGUGGACGCGCCGGAAGAGGACCCGGUGGAGUCGAUCCAGGUAAUGGUGUCCAACGUGGACUCCAAGUUCGCAAGCGCCGUGACGGAGAGCGGCGUGGUGGCGAUCGAAGGGAAGGUGAAAUUCGGGGUGCCGCACCUGAGACUCGUGGGGUCGUUCGAGGUGGACGUGAGCCUGGAGGGGAAUUUGAUUCUGUGCCGCCAGCUGGACCAGCCGGGGAUGAUCGGACGGGUGGGAAACAUUCUGGGAGAGAGUAAUGUGAACGUGAAUUUCAUGAGCGUGGGGAGGACGAUGAGAAGGAAGAGGGCGAUCAUGGCCAUUGGAGUGGACGAGGAGCCCAAUAAGGACACUCUCAAGAAAAUUGGCCAAGUUUCCGCCAUUGAAGAGUUCGUCUUCCUCAACCUAUGAGUCAAACCAACGACCUAAGUCGCAUCCGACAUGUCGUCCCCUAACUCUGUACUUUUUUUUAUUUGGUCGUCGUUCGUUGUGUAAUACUAAUAAAUAACUAAUAAGGCAGUUGGGAGUUGGAGGGAGGAGUCGCCGUGUUGUGCUAUGUUGGUUGUUGGCUUUUUUUUUUUUUUUUAAUUAGAUUAAGAAAAGUGGAGAUGAGAUGAAUACUUAGACUUUUGGGAUGAUAAUUGAUGUUUUAUCCAUUGGAAUUUUCAAUAAUAUGAAUCCACACAUGUAUUAAGUUAA